CAUCAGCCUUUCUUUUUUUCCUUCUCUGUGAGAAGACCCACCCUCCUUUCUUCCCCCUCCUUUUUUUAACUUUAUACAUUCUUUUUAUUUUCUAUUUUGUUUUCAUCUCAUGGAAUAAAAUAACAAUUGUUAUUCAUUACAUAUCUAAAGACUGCGUCUUUUAAUUUAAACAAUUGUAUAUAUUAAAAUGUCUACAUCAAAUUUUUGCGAGUUCACUUACGGCAUACAUAACUGCGAAGGGUCAAAAGAGUAUAGAAUUUUGUAUAUAAUUUCGAUAAUUAUUUGGUCUAUCCCUUGUAUAUUUUCUUUUUCUUUAAUUUAUUGGAAAUUAGUGUAUCGAAAGAAUUUAAAAUUAUUUAAUGAUAAAUUAUUCUCUCCCGUGGAAGGUUUUCUGAUAUGGUGCGGAAUUAGUAAUUUAAUGCGUAUAAUAUACUGUUUUGUAAUACUUUUUAAUUCCUUUUCUGGAUAUCCGAUAAUUCGCGAUUUAAUCUAUGCAUUCAGCUGGUCACCAGGAUUCAUGGGAAUUUAUAGUUUUAUAGCAGGAAUGUUUCAAUCUAUAUUACGGAUGAAAUUUGAACAAUUUACAACAUCGCCUACACAUCGAACAUUUGAUAAUGUAAUUCAUGAAAAUAAUGAUAAUAGAAGUAGAUCAACAACAGUAUGGAUUCCCAAAGGUUAUCAAGUGACCAUUACUUUUUGGACUUUAAUUAUUUUACUUUUGUCUUUAACUACAACAUCUUCUAUUAUGAUGGGAUUAAAUCGAAACAUUGUACGAGAAAACAAUGCUUAUAUGAAACAUAAUAAAGCAUUUUUAUAUGCCAAUGGUUUUUUGCAUGGAACUUUUUGGUUUAAUUGUACUUUAGUUAUCGUCAUCUUAAUAUAUCAUGGAAGAAAUUUGGUAAGAAUGGUUAAAGAAAGUUUCGCGCUAACAGGAAUUCAAGAUGCAAGGAAUAGAAAUGUCUCUGAUAGAAUAAAAAGAAGGUUGGAAAAUGCAAAAGUCGCCUUUGAAGCGUACGUUACUAAGAUACGCAUAUUUAAUUAUAGUAUCUUUAUUUUGAUGUUAUGGUUCAGUGCUAGUUUAAUUCCUAUUGUCGUAACUUAUGAAAAGUUGUUUAGCGCUCUUUGGAUUGGCUUGUUAUUUACCGCAAUUUCAAAUUUUCUAACCCCAAUAUGUCUUAUCGCGGUCUUAAUCGGAAUUUUAAAAGCAGAAUUGAAUCCAGAUCGGGAAGCAGCCACCGCAGAAGCUGUUAUUGAACUCAAUGAGAUGAAUUCAUAUUUUUCGGAUGUUGAUUCUUCUGAAGUAUAAAAAAAAUAAAAAAAAAUAAAAACAAAAAAAGAUAAAAAAAAAAAUUACAGAUAACAAAGAAUUAAAGAUGAAUAAAGAUUAAAUUAUAAUAAUAGUAACUUAUAAAUAUAAUUAGUAAAUAAUAACAA